AUGAAUAUUUUAGUUAGUUGCUCGGCUCGUAGCGGGGAGCUAGCGACGGGGCGGCUCUGCAUAAACAAUCGCUUUCGUUUGGUGGGCAACGUGGAGCAAGCCGAGAUGGCAUUGCUGGCGCGGUACGAGGUCGUUAGCGCGACAUGGCACGCGGCGCGGCAUGCAGCGGCGCGGUUCGCUAACGAUAGUUUGACGCAAGUUGGCGAGCGACGCGACAAGUUUCCACAUGCGUCAGGCGGCGCGGGGACGGCCCUCGGCGACGUUUAA